AUGGCGGCGGCUGCUCCACCACGAAGGCAUCAGGAACUGUUCACACUCAGGUUUACCAAGGCUCUUGCCUGUGAAUUUGUAGCCACUGUGAUCUUCAUUUUCGUUGCCCUGGGCUCAGCCUUCAAGUGGCCCUUGCAGCUGCCCAGUGUCCUUCAGAUCUCCUUGGCCUUUGGCCUAACCAUCGGCACCUUGGUUCAAGCGUUCGGUCAUGUCAGCGGCACACACGUCAACCCAGCAGUGACCAUCGCCUACUUUGUAGGGAACCAGAUCUCUAUCCUCCGCUCGGUGCUCUAUGUGGUGUUACAGCUGUUGGGAGCCAUCACUGGUGCAGGAAUCAUCUACUCCGUGACACCCAAAGACGUCCGCCAUACUUUGGCCCUCAAUGACCUCACCUAUGGCACAAACCCUGGUGAGGCGCUGGUGGUGGAAAUCAUCCUAACCUUCUCGGUUGUCAUGUGCAUUUUCGCUGCCACUGAUAGACGCAGGGCGGAGAACAGGGGCAAUUCAGCAUUGUCUAUUGGACUGGCGGUCACCAUGGCUCACCUCAUUGGGAUUUAUUAUACUGGCUGCUCCCUAAAUCCAGCUAGAUCCUUUGGACCUGCUGUCAUAAUGGGAAAAUUCAGUGGUGCUCACUGGGUCUUCUGGUUAGGACCCAUCUUUGGUGCCAGCGUGGCCUCUGUAGUUUACAACUACCUUCUGUACCCUGAGAAACUGAGCCUAGAUGAGAGGCUGGCUAUUGUUCGAGGGUUCGUUCUUCCACAAGAUGAAGGGAGCAGCACACCCGGAACUAACUCUGAAAGACUCUGGACCUGAGCAUGUGGCGGGUUACUUACCAUGCCCAAAUGAUUCCAAUGACAGCCACACAAUUUGCUACAAUACCGUAGAACGCUGAGAAGUAACGUCCAGCCAUUGCAAAGGAAACAGUGUGAG